CCGGCGCGGCGCGUGAGGUCAGAGAGGUGCGCCGCUCCCCGCCCGGCCCAGCCGAGGCUUUGCCGCCGCCGCCGGGAGCCGCUCCGAGCAGGACCCCCGGGCCCCGCCAGGCCCCGCACAACUCCCUGCCGCCAUGGAGCUGGCGGACGGCGUGGUGUACCAGGAGGAUCCCGGCGGGCCCGGCCCCGCCAUGAUGUCGGAGCGGGUGUCGGGGUUGGCGGGCUCCAUUUACCGCGAGUUCGAGCGGCUCAUCGGGCGCUACGACGAGGAGGUGGUGGCCGAGCUGAUGCCGCUGGUGGUGGCCGUGUUGGAGAACUUGGACUCGGUGUGCGCUCACAGCCAGGAGACCAGCGUGGAGCUGGAGCUGCUGCGGGACGAUAACGAGCAGCUGCUCACGCAGUACGAGCGAGAGAAGGCGCUGCGCAAGCAGGCCGAGGAGAAAUUCAUUGAGUUUGAAGAUUCUCAAGAACAAGAGAAGAAGGACUUACAGACCAGAGUGGAAGCAUUAGAGUCGCAAACUCGACAACUUGAACUAAAAGCAAAAAACUAUGCUGAUCAAAUUAGCAGACUUGAGGAGCGGGAGGCAGAACUCAAGAAGGAAUACAAUGCACUUCAUUCAAGACAUACAGAGAUGAUACACAAUUAUAUGGAGCACUUGGAAAGAACCAAACUUCAUCAGCUAACAGGGGGUGAUCAGCUAGAAUCGACAACACACAGUAGAAUUAGGAAGGAGCGUCCAAUAUCCCUGGGCAUCUUCCCAUUACCUGCAGGAGAUGCUCUCCUCACACCCGAGGCUCAGAGGGAGGUAGCAGAAACACCUGCAGCAGAGCACUGGAAAUUCCACGAACUGAGCCAGCCACGGUCCCACACCAGCCUCAAGGAUGAGCUCUCUGAUGUUAGCCAAGCAGGCUCCAAAUGUACUACGCCAGCAUCCACAGCUGCUUCAGAUGUUCCUGUGCUGCCUGCUGAAACUCCUCGAAAGGAAAAUGUUGAAGGGCUUGCAAAGGACACAGAGAUGUCAAAUGAGGAGCUGGAUGUAAGCAAGAAUAUUGAAGUACAGGUAGCUCAAGAGACAAGAAAUGUGUGUACUGGGGAAAAUGAAAAUGAAGAAAAAUCUGAAGUUCAGGCAAUUAUUGAGUCAACUCCAGAGCUGGAUAUGGAUAAAGAUCUCAGUGGAUAUAAGGGUUCCAGCACUCCCACCAAAGGCAUCAAGAACAAAGCAUUUGACCGUAACACAGAGUCACUCUUUGAAGAGCUGUCAUCUGCUGGUUCUGGCCUAAUUGGAGAUGUGGACGAAGGUGCAGAUUUACUUGACCAUAAUUUCUUUGGAAUGGGGCGUGAGGUUGAAAACCUUAUUUUGGAAAACACUCAGCUGCUGGAGACAAAAAAUGCACUGAAUGUAGUGAAGAAUGAUUUAAUAGCAAAGGUGGAUGAACUGACCUGUGAAAAGGAUGUACUACAAGGUGAAUUAGAGGCUAUAAAACAAGCAAAGCAAAAGCUUGAAGAGAAGAAUAAAGAACUGGAAGAAGAGCUGAGAAAAGCUCGUGCAGAAGCAGAAGAAGCAAGACAGAAGGCUAAAGAGGAUGAUGAUAGCGAUGUCCCCACGGCACAGCGGAAACGCUUCACACGUGUGGAAAUGGCCCGAGUGCUGAUGGAGAGGAACCAGUACAAGGAGAGGCUGAUGGAGCUGCAGGAGGCUGUCCGAUGGACUGAGAUGAUAAGAGCAUCCAGAGAAAAUCCAGCCAUGCAAGAGAAGAAAAGAUCAAGCAUUUGGCAAUUUUUUAGCAGGCUCUUCAGUUCAUCCAGCAAUACAGCAAAGAAACCAGAACCUCCUGUCAAUGUUAAAUAUAAUGCUCCAACCUCGCACAUUACUCCAUCAGUCAAGAAAAGAAGCAGCACCUUAUCUCAAUUACCCAGUGACAAAUCUAAAGCCUUUGAAUUCCUCAGUGAAGAAACUGAAGCCAGUUUAGCCUCACGCCGGGAGCAGAAGAGGGAGCAGUACCGCCAGGUGAAAGCUCAUGUCCAGAAGGAGGAUGGCAGAGUGCAGGCUUUUGGCUGGAGUCUACCUCAGAAAUACAAACAGGUGGCAAAUGGUGGACAGGGUGAAAAUAAGAUGAAGAACUUGCCUGUACCUGUUUACCUGAGACCUUUGGAUGAGAAGGAUACCUCUAUGAAGCUGUGGUGUGCUGUAGGGGUGAACCUGUCAGGAGGGAAGACACGAGAUGGAGGAUCUGUGGUUGGUGCCAGUGUGUUCUACAAUGAUGUGACUGGUGUGGAUGCAGAUGGCAACAAGCAGCAAACAGGAUCCCAGAGUAGCUUAGAUAAACUCGAUCAAGAGCUCAAGGAUCAGCAGAAGGAACUGAAACACCAGGAAGAAUUAUCCAGUCUAGUUUGGAUCUGUACUAGCACACAUUCUGCUACAAAAGUUAUCAUUAUUGAUGCAAACCAACCAGGGAAUAUUCUGGACAGUUUCAUUGUUUGCAAUUCUCACGUGCUUUGUAUUGCCAGUGUGCCAGGGGCAAGAGAAACAGACUACCCUGCAGGAGAAGAAGGGUCCCAGGAAGCAGAUUCCAGCCAAGUGGACAAAUCCUCCCUGUGUGGCAGUAUGACCAGCAACAGCUCUGCUGAGACUGACAGCCUGCUGGGGGGAAUCACUGUGGUGGGCUGCACUGCUGAGGGUCUCACAGGGACUCCUGGUGCCCAUGACGCCAAUGGAGCCUCACCUGUGGCAGAGAAACAGUCAGAUAUUGCAGCUGAAAAUAAUUCAGUAGAUGAGAACAUUCCAACAGCAGAGGAGGCAACAGAAGCAACAGAAGUCAAUGCAGGGACAGGAGAAGACACAGCUGAUAUUGCACAAACUGGAGUCUACACAGAGCAUGUCUUUACAGAUCCCUUGGGAGUGCAGCAUACAACAGAGGCAUCUCCAGUGUAUCAGCCUAAUACUGAGUCACAGUUAUAUAAGGAUGUUGCAGUUCUCCCAAGUGAGCAAGAUCUAGUGAGAGAAGAAGCACAGAAAAUGAGUAGCCUUUUACCAACCAUGUGGCUUGGAGCACAGAAUGGAUGCCUGUAUGUUCAUUCAUCAGUGGCCCAGUGGAGGAAAUGUGUUCAUGCCAUUAAACUUAAAGAUUCUAUUCUCAGUAUUGUACAUGUCAAAGGAAUAGUCUUGGUUGCACUGGCAGAUGGGACGCUUGCAAUCUUUCACCGGGGAGUUGAUGGUCAGUGGGAUUUGUCAAACUAUCACCUCUUGGACCUGGGCCGGCCACACCACUCCAUCCGGUGCAUGACAGUGGUACAUGACAAGGUCUGGUGUGGCUACAGGAACAAAAUCUAUGUUGUUCAACCAAAGGCCAUGAAAAUAGAGAAGUCCUUUGAUGCCCACCCAAGGAGGGAGAGCCAAGUGAGGCAGCUGGCAUGGGUGGGGGAUGGGGUAUGGGUGUCCAUCCGCCUGGACUCCACCCUGCGCCUCUACCACGCCCACACCUACCAGCACCUGCAGGAUGUGGACAUUGAGCCCUAUGUAAGCAAAAUGCUUGGUACUGGUAAACUGGGAUUCUCAUUUGUGAGAAUCACAGCACUUAUGGUGUCUUGUAAUCGUUUAUGGGUAGGAACAGGAAAUGGUGUCAUCAUCUCCAUUCCAUUAACAGAAACUGUAAUCCUCCACCAGGGACGUUUACUGGGGCUGCGGGCCAAUAAAUCAGCAGCAGGCUCUGGAAACCGUCCGGGGAGUGUGAUCCGUGUGUAUGGAGAUGAGCACAGUGACAAAGUGACUCCAGGGACAUUCAUACCCUACUGUUCCAUGGCGCAUGCACAGCUCUGCUUCCACGGCCACCGGGAUGCUGUGAAAUUCUUCGUUGCAGUACCAGGUCAGGUUGUUUGCCCUCAGAGUAGUGGUGGAACAGAUCUAACAGCUGAUAAACAAGCCCAGGAAUCCUUCAACCAGAGUCCCUUAAAAUCAAUGUUGGUGAUAAGCGGUGGAGAAGGAUACAUUGACUUCAGAAUGGGUGAUGAAGGAGGAGAAUCUGAACUCCUGGGAGAAGCUCUACCACUUGAACCUUCUGUAGCCAAAGCUGAGAGGAGUCACUUGAUAGUGUGGCAAGUCAUGUGUGGCAGUGAGUGAGCCUGUAGGAUCCAGUUGGAGAUCUUAAAAAUGGUGGGGGGGGAGGGGGGAAGCAAAAAAAAAUGCUUCUGCAUGGUUUUUUUUUUUUUUUUUUUUGUGAACCAGUUUCACUACAUGAUGUUGAAGCAUUUCUUUGCUGUUUAACUUUAUAUUGAAACCUGUCAUACUUCAGCUAUACAGGAAUUAGCUUGUGCUGUUUUACUGCACCUGUGUUAAAUGGAACAGUGUGAGGAAAUCAGAUGUUUCUCCAGCUGGUGUGCACACCACAGUGAGCAGCUGAUACAGUUUGACUGUACCACAGCAAUCUCAUGUGUUCACUUCUUUGGUAGUCUCACUUGAGUUCAGCUUUGUUCCAGCUGAGCUUCAUUUCACUGUAUAAUGCAUUGGGUAAAACAGUUAUUCCCAGGGUAUGAAAAAAAUGGACAAAUUAAAAGAUGGAUUACUAAGACUCAUCCAAAUACUUUGUGAAGGCUAAAGCAAACUGUAUAUUUCAGCUUUUGUUUUCAAACCUGGAUAAUCUUUCUCAUACACUGUACACAGUUUAAUUUGUUACAUUCUUCAGAAUUUGUGGGGGCAAAGAGGAGGCUGUAUAGGAAUUAAAAUGAAAAUAUUUAAAUAAAAUCGUAUUUUCACUAUUGAACCUUAAAGUUUGACAACUGCCGCCCUCAGUAAUGAGCAAUUUUGAGCAUGUUUUUCCAUUUCCCUGACAUGGAACAACUCUGUUUCUAAAGGAUAUUCUUAGGUUGAUGUAAAUUGGAAAAUAACUGUAAAAUUCUCAAUCAGGGCAUAUGUUUUGUUCUUUUCUUAACCCCUUAUGUCCUAAGCACUUAGAAUGAUCUUCUCUGCCCAAGGCACUGUGUGUGUGAAGGUUGGAGACCUCAAUUAGAGUAUGAGGAAAGACUGAAAGUGUACAGGAAAAAAAAAACAUAUUCUACACAAGUGAGAUUGUAAAGGUGAUGCCUAAGGCAUCAAAGGAAGUGUAGUUCUAGAUAAUUAGGUACAAAUUGUCUUUUUUUUUUUUUUUUUUUUUUUUUUUUGGUAG